AUGCUCCAUCUUGAAACUCUUGAGCCAAUUAGUGACAACGAAGAGGAGGAUCAAGAGCCUAGCAUACAGGACACACAACAGAAGAGGAGCUGCAAUGAUGAUUCAGAUGAUGAGAGGAAUAAUGAUCAAAGUAAGCAAGUGCAGCGUAAGCGAUCAAAGAAACGAUUAUCUGAAUCUCUUGAUGAAGAUGACGAUGACCUUCCAGAAAUGCCAAUAGAUGAGAGCAUGCUGGGACGGUCAGGACGAAUUCGAAAGCAGCCUAGGUUACCUGAUGGAUUUCAGAUUGAUUUAAGCCAGACGCCGCUACACUGGGCGGCCCAGUACGGGCGCGAGGCGGUCGCGCGGCAGCUACUAGACGCGGGCGCUAAUAAGGACGCUAAAGACUCGAAUAGCUAUACGCCGCUACACUGGGCGGCCCAGGGUGGGCGCGAGGCGGUCACGCGGCAGCUACUCAACGUAGGCGCCGACAAGGACGCUAAAGACUCGAAUAGCCAGACGCCGCUACAUAGGGCCGCCGAGGGCGGGUACGAGGCGGUCGCGCGGCAGCUGCUAGACGCGGGCGUCGAUAAGGACGCUAAAGACUCGAAUAGCCAGACGCCGCUACACUGGGCGGCCCAGGGCGGGCAUAAGGCGGUCGCGCGGCAGCUGCUAGACGCGGGCGUCGAUAAGGAUGCCCAAGACUCGAGAAACUGCACGCCGCUACAUAAGGCGGCCCAGUAUGGGCGCGAGUCGGUCACGCGGCAGCUACUCGACGUGGGCGCUGACAAGGACGCUAAAGACUCGAAUAGCUAUACGCCGCUACACUGGGCGGCCCAGGGCGGGGACGAGGAGGUCGUGUGGCAGCUGCUAGACGCGGGCGUCGAUAAGGAUGCCCAAGACUCGAGAAACUGCACGCCGCUACAUAAGGCGGCCCAGUACGGGCAUAAGGCGGUCGCGCGGCAGCUACUCGACGUGGGCGCCGACAAGGACGCUAAAGACUCGAAUAGCUAUACGCCGCUACACUGGGCGGCCCAGGGCGGGCAUAAGGCGGUCGGGCGGCAGCUGCUAGAUGCGGGCGUCGAUAAGGAUGCCCAAGACUCGAGAAACUGCACGCCGCUACAUAAGGCGGCCCAGUACGGGCAUAAGGCGGUCGCGCGGCAGCUACUCGACGUGGGCGCCGACAAGGACGCUAAAGACUCGAAUAGCUAUACGCCGCUACACUGGGCGGCCCAGGGCGGGCAUAAGGCGGUCGCGCGGCAGCUGCUAGACGCGGGCGUCGAUAAGGAUGCCCAAGACUCGAAAAAUUGCACGCCGCUACAUAAGGCGGCCCAGUACGGGCAUGAGGCGGUCGCGCGGCAGCUGCUAGACGCGGGCGCUAAUGCUAAUAGCUACACGCCGCCACGCAGGGACAUGUUCUCCAAUUAUACCUCGAAUGUUACGGACAUAACAUACACCAAUUGA